UCCUAGCACUGGAGAAGGCUUUCCACUUUUUGGAGGGCAAGGGAGGCAGUCUGGGUCUAGCCCUGGGAGUGAUUGGAGGAAAGAGCCCCGCCCUCCUGGGGGCCUCAGGGGCUGUACAGGGCGGUGCUAUUGGAAAAAGGAAGACCUUCCCAGAGUGGGCAGGACAAGAAGCAGGAAGUCUUUGAGUCCAGACUGCUCUGGCUUCAGUCCACCACAAAUCUCUUCUUUGUUCCCCUAGAUCUGGGAUCGCUCCGCCUUCUGGACACCAGCUCUGUGUUUGCAGGUCCCUGAAAGAUCUCAGUCGCAGCACUUCCCCUCCCCCCAUUUCCUGGUUCUGCUGGCUGCCCGGGCAAUUCCGUCUCCUUCUCCUCCUCUGGGUGGAGUCUCUCGCCUGAGGGCAGGGCCAGGGCCUUUGUGACUCCUGUGGGGCCUCACCCUGUAAAUCCCUGUAGGCCAGCCUGCUGCCUGGAAAGAGAAGAGCAAGACCUCUCCCUCUCUGGGAUCCUUCUCCCUGUCCAGCUCAGUCUGCAGAGGACCAAGGCCUGGCCCCAGCAGGGAGGCUGGAGCCAGAGGGAAUGGCCCCUGGGAGCAGCAGCCCCCCUCCUCAGGGGCUGGUGACAUUCAAGGACGUGGCUGUGGACUUCACCCAGGAGGAGUGGGGCCUCUUGGACCAUCCUCAGAAGGAGUUGUACAAGGGGGUCAUGCUGGAGAAUGCCCGGAACCUGCUCUCCCUGGGGCUGCCAGUUCCCAGAGAAGACAUGAUCUCUUCCUUUGAGCAAAGGGAAGGCCCAUGGAUGCUGGAGCAAGAAGGCCUGAGGAGCUGCUGUCCAGACAGAGAGAUGAGCCUGGAAAUGAAGGAAGCUGCUAUAGAACUAAGCCUUUCUGUGGCAGAAACUCCCAAGCAAGGAUUCAUGAGUGAUUGUCCCCUUGUCUUCAAUUGGAGAGAAGUCUGCAAAACACGUGAGAGUAUCCAAAGUGGAGAGAAACCGUAUGACUGUAAUCAAUGUGAGAAGGCUUUUAGAGAGAAGGGAUGUCCUAUUGCACAUCAGAGAACAUACACUGCAGAGAAACCUUACGAAUGUAAUCAAUGUGGAAAGACUUUUAGAGAAAAGCGCUGUCUUGUUAUACAUAGUAGAAUCCACACUGGAGAGAAACCUUAUGAAUGUAAUCAAUGUGGAAAGACUUUUAGAGUGAAUGCUUCUCUUAUUACACAUCAGAGAACACACACUGGAGAGAAACCUUAUGAAUGUAAUCAAUGUGGAAAGACUUUUACUGAUAAGCGGAACCUGGGUAGACAUAGAAGAAUCCACACUGGAGAGAGACCUUAUGAAUGUAAUCAAUGUGGAAAGACUUUUAGAGUGAAGGCUUCUCUUAUUACACAUCAGAGAACACACACUGGAGAGAGACCUUAUGAAUGUAAUCAAUGUGGAAAGACUUUUAGAGUGAAGGCUUCUCUUAUUAUACAUCAGAGAAUUCACGCUGGAGACAAACCUUAUGAAUGUAGUCGAUGUGGAAAGACUUUUACUGAUAAGCGGAGUCUUGUUAAACAUAGAAGAAUCCACACUGGAGAGAAACCUUAUGAAUGUAGUCAAUGUGGAAAGACUUUUAGAGUGAAGGCUUCUCUUAUUACACAUCAGAGAACACACACUGGAGAGAGACCUUAUGAAUGUAAUCAAUGUGGAAAGAUUUUAACUGAUAAGUGGAGUCUUCUUAAACAUAGAAGAAUCCACACUGGAGAGAAACCUUAUGAAUGUAAUCAAUGCGGUAAAGCUUUUAAAUGCAGGGAGAGUCUUAUUACACAUCAGAGAAUCCACACUGGAGGGAAACCUUAUGAAUGUAAUCAAUGUGGAAAGACUUUUACUGAUAAGCGGAGUCUUGUUAAACAUGGAAGAAUCCACACUGGAGAAAAACCUUAUGAAUGUAAUGAAUGUGGAAAGACUUUUAGAGUGAAGGCUUCUCUUAUUACGCAUCAGAGAAUCCACACUGGAGACAAACCUUAUGAAUGUAAUCAAUGUGGAAAGACUUUUAAUGAUAAGCGGAAUCUGGCUAGACAUCGAAGAAUCCACACUGGAGAGAGACCUUAUGAAUGUAAUCAAUGUGGAAAAGCCUUUCAAUGCAGGGAAAGUCUUAUUACACAUCAGAGAACACACACUGGAGAGAGACCUUAUGAAUGUAAUCAAUGUGGAAAGACUUUUAGAGUGAAGCGGAGUCUUGUUAAACAUAGAAGAAUCCACACUGGAGAGAAACCUUAUGAAUGUAAUCAAUGUGGAAAGACUUUUACUAAUAAGUGGAGUCUUGUUAAACAUAGAAGAAUCCACACUGGAGAAAAACCUUAUGAAUGUAAUGAAUGUGGAAAGACUUUUAGAGUGAAGGCUUCUCUUAUUACGCAUCAGAGAAUCCACACUGGAGACAAACCUUAUGAAUGUAAUCAAUGUGGAAAGACUUUUACUGAUAAGCGGAGUGUUGUUAAACAUAGAAGAAUCCACACUGGAGAGGAACCUUAUGAAUGUAAUCAAUGUGGAAAGACUUUUAGAGUGAAGUCUUCUCUUAUUUAACAUCAGAGAACACACACUGGAGAGAAACCUUAUGAAUGUAAUCAAUGUGGAAAGAUUUUAACUGAUAAGUGGAGUCUUCUUAAACAUAGAAGAAUCCACACUGGAGAGAAACCUUAUGAAUGUAAUCAAUGUGGAAAAGCUUUUAAAUGCAGGGAGAGUCUUAUUACACAUCAGAGAAUCCACACUGGAGAGAAACCUUAUGAAUGUAAUCAAUGAAGAAAGGCUUUCAGAUGUAGGAAGUCUCUUGGUAAUCAUCAGAGAACACACACUGGAGAGAAACCUUAUCACUCGAGAUGGUGUUGAGACUCUGGGCAGCUGCAGCUAAGGGCCCUCCAG